UCAGUCAAACCCCCAGAACUGAGCCUCUACUUUGGUCUAUCCUCUUUGGGGGCAGCAAUCACGAUUUUAAUUUGGUUGUAUUCGAUGAUUAGGGCAGGUACAAACGAGCCUCCUCAAUAGUCGCAAUCUACAAACGAUAUUAUUACAAAAAUAGUCUAAGGCUCAUAGUCUCCAGGGGAUAAUGGAGGAAGGGAGACACGAAGGAAAGCAUUCGAAGAAAGACGAUCCACAACCGUCUGGCAAUAGUCAAUCAGAAAAUCAAUCAAACUUGAUCUUUUUCACUUCUAUCGACGAGGCCACUAAGGCUUGGCUGAAAAAUCUGCAUCACGUUUGGAACCUCUGGAAAAAGAGCGAGGCUGUUACAAAAAUCCUGCAUGAUUACUUCGACACAGCUCCAAAUCCUUAUUUAAGUGCUUUACGACUUCUCGUUAACACCGCAGAUUUCCACAAUAUCAAACCGAAAGCCUCACUCGCUCUGACAGUGAUGAAUGACUUCGAAAAAUGGCUGUCAGUUAACAAAGCAGCCUACUCCGAAUGCCUGGUUCCAGAUUUGAAAGUAGCAGCUUUAAGACUUGUGAUGAAGCAGAAGAACUUGCAGCUGGUGAAACUAGUCUCUAGUGUGUUCGAGCUGGAGAGGGAUAAUGAAUUAUUUCCUCCUGUUUUAAAGAAAAUGUUACGGGAAAAAAAAUACAAAGAAGUUGCGCAAUACGCAACAAUUCUCCACCUCCAGUCGCACUUUUCUCACCCUGAGGAUCUCCUCCUCCCCCUCGUCCUCCAAACGAAGAACACAGUUGCCGAGGAAUUCUUGGCCUCCUACCCAGAGAUCCAAAAGACCUUCAUAAUGUACCUAGACGAUCUCUUAUCCCCCUCGAAGAUAAUGCAGCAAGUGCUCGACGAUUAUAUCCUGUACAACGACAUCCCAGACAUCAAGAUGUCGACGUGCUCUUCCCGUCCGAUGAUGAAGCUAAUCGCUCGUCUAGUCAAGGACUACAAUUUCCCCCCCGAAAUCUGUCCAAAUCUAAAUCUAAAGAGGGGAAAGAGUGCUCUCCACUUUCUCAUCUACAAGAGAUACGUCGAUGUAACCCUGAGCCUGGAGUGCUGGAGGGAAAUGGCAAGGGAGGCUGCGGGUAAUGACCCCAAUCUACAGUUGGCUCUGGUGAUGGGAACAUCAUCCUACGACAUUGACGAGUCUUGGUACUGGGUGAGAGCCUUCAACAUUCCCAAAGAUCAAUUGCCACUGCCAUUUGCCAACACGGACUACCAGGUCCCCAUGCAAUCAGGCAAAAACGAGCCACCCGAGGAGUCCUGGGACAAUCCUCAGGAUGGCAUCAAUUACCACACCCUGAGAAUCCCGAGGAAUCAAGUGGUGCUGGUGGAUACGGUCCAAAAGUUCUCUGAUUUCAUCAACCGAGGGCUGACGGGGAUAUCGAUGGUGGGAAUUGAUGCUGAGUGGAAGCCCUCCUUCGGGGUGAAGCGGAGUGAGCUUGCGCUGAUACAAGUAGCCACCGAGAACGCUGUGUUCAUUCUUGACGUGACAACACUGAGACCAGAUAAUUCUCAGAUAUGGAAGCAACUAAGUCUGAGACUUCUGGAGGACAAGAGUAUUGUUAAAAUAGGUUUUGGUCUGACGCAAGACUUGGCAAUGUUCAAGGAAUCACUGUCCGAUUUGGGGGACACCGUGAAAGGAGGACAGGCUGGAUUUUUGGAUCUCCAUCACCUCUGGAACAAGCUGGUGAGAGAGUACAAAGUGGAAUUUCCUUUCGAGGGGGAUCAGAAUUUCAAUGGCGAGAGUUUGAGCAAACUAGUGGAAAUAACACUGGGAAAUCGAUUGAAUAAGAACGAUCAGUUCUCCAAUUGGGAGAGGAGACCUCUCAGGGAGAGUCAGAUUGUAUAUGCAGCUUUGGAUGCCUAUUGUUUGCUGGAGGUAUGGGAUGCAAUAGCUGUGAUAUGUCUUGAUAGGGAUAUACCUCUCUUCGAGAUCUGUGGAGAGCUGAGGCAUCUCCCUCAUCAGUCCCCAAGUAAAGCCAUGAAGAAGACUAAGGAGGAGGCCCAAAAGGACAAGUCCACGGAGGACAUGCGGGCUGACAAAGGAGAAGACAAGAUUGAUGGGAAUUUGGAGAGUUGUAUACCUGCCCAUCAGUGGAGGGUUGUCUGUGAUUCUAUGUUAUGUGGGUUGGCUAAGCAACUCCGCAUGUGUGGCUGUGAUUGCGUUAAUAUUGGGUACGAUAGGGGUGGACAUAAAUCCGCACGAAUUGCUGCUAAUGAGAAGAGGGUGCUUCUGACACGUAAUACUAAUCAUCUGAAGUUGGCCGAAGGGGUGAGCUUACCCCCUGAGAACUGUUAUAAAGUCCUCAACGAUAAAUCUCACCUGCAAUUGCGAGAGGUACUGAGUCAUUUCAACAUUAAACUGACUGAAGAGGACAUCUUCAGCCGUUGUCAAAUCUGCAAUCGCGAUGAAUUUCUUUUACUAUCGAACAAUACCGUUUGGGAUCUGAUGAAAAGAUUUCCAAAUGGUAGCUACCACCCUCCCCCCAGGGGCAAUUCACGUUGCGAAAACGAUCGUACCACGGUGGAGAGUUCGUCUACGAAUAUUCCAACUCAACCGAGAAACCAUCGUUCAUGGUCACUAUCAACACCACUGAGUACCACGAACUGUACGACGAAGUAUGGGGCUAAAAUUCAAGUGGAAAAGGUACCAAGAAAUGUUCUAAAAUCAGUAACUCAAUUUUACGUGUGCGAGGGCUGUGGCAAAGUAUACUGGGACGGCUCCGAGAUCAACCAAACUUUAAAUGAAAUAUUGAAGGACAUUAUAAGUCGAAAUUGAGGUGAGUUUAACAAAUUGUCUUCGAAGCUACACGUGAACAUUUCUCCUGUACCUCCUUCAGGAAAAUUAAAUUACGAAGAAUACUUUGGCUUAUCCAAGAUAGACAUUUAGGCUUUCAGUAAGUACAUUUAAAAAAAACCGACUAAACUUCCAUCUACGGACUUUGGGUCUCGCAUAAAGUCGAAUGUUAAAUAUAAAAAUUGAAGGGGAAAAUUUCAGAAACGUAUAUUUGUUGAUUGUUGAAUUUUUUCCUCACUUUAAAAAAUACGUGUCUGGUAUUUCCCCGGAGAGUUUAAUAUUUCAUCUUUUAGAAAAUCAUAAAAACUAUGCAACAGCCCAAUUUGUUCAUUAAUAUUAAUAACCAUGGAGUGGAUCAGUUUGAUGAAGUGAACUGUCUUCAAUUGAGUCGAUGAGUCAUAAAUACGUCUCAUACGCUUAGGGACCGAUUGUUUAAACCGGCCCAAUCUAAACUCAUAGUACAACAUGCUGUCAACGUUUUCUUAUCUUCUAUUGUUCAUCCUUUUGUUGGUUUUUUAAUUAUAUACAUAAAUAUAAAUAUAUAUUUUUGAGUUUGAAACAUUUUUCUACGCGUAUUAUGCAGUGACUGUAAUAAUGGUUCGCUCCCUCGGGGCUGAGGCAUAACUUUGUGAUUCAUUAAUUUUCUUCGUAUAUAAUUAACAGAUAUAAGUAUGGUUGUAAGGUGACACAAGGUAUUUGGUUAAGAAUAAAGCAAAUCACUGAUUCAGAGGAA